UGGGCCUGGACUGAGCCUGGAGGACUGGGAGGGCUGCAGGGCAGAGGGUAGGUGACCCAUGGCCGUGGCCAGGGGACCUGGGAGAGCCCGUCAGGCCUCCCCCUCUGGCGCCUCCGUCCAGCCUAAGUCCCGCCCGUGCCGCACCCCUGACUCACUUCCUUUGCACAGAAGCGGAAACCUCCCCAGAGCUUCCUCCGCUCCGGACGCUCCCCAGGGACCCGCAGGUGUCGCUACCCCUCCAAGCUUGAGCUGACCCAGUGAGGCUCCUGACCCCACCUCGACCCUCACCAGGAAGCCUGGACAUUCUGCUUCCUGAGUGGCAGGGCCCGGUGUCUGGUGUGGGCAGGGGGCUGCCCUGCGGGGCUGGGGGCCAGCAAGAGCCUGGCCUGACCUGACGCAGCUGCAGGAAGGAAUACCUGCAUGCCGAGCGCCACCCGUGCGCAAUGGACCGCGGCCAGCCCAGCCCGGAGCCCCCGGACGCGGUCCCCGGCGUCCCCGGCCCAAGCGUGAUAGCGCCGGUGCGCGCCGUGGUCCGCCUGCGACGCCGCGUGUGCCUCCUGCGCAAGCGGCGCCUCCCACCGCCGGGCGUGGGGCCGGGCUACGUGCCCGGGGCGCCGCGCGCGAACCUGGACCAGCCUCAGUUCUUCACCUUCGACAGCCCAGCGGAGCUGCCCUCGAAGGCGCCGCGAAAGAGGCGCCGGCGCAGCCGCGUGGUGCUCUACCCCGAGACCUCGCGCAAGUACCGGCCGCACGCGGAAAGCCGGAGCCGCGCACAGCGCUGCCUGCUGUUGCUCGUGGCCAUCGUGGGCUUCCAGGUUCUCAACGCCAUCGAGAACCUGGACGAUAAUGCGCUGCGCUAUGACCUCGACGGGCUGGAGAAGGCGCUACAGCGCGCCGUGUUCGGCCAGCCGGCGGCUGUGGGGCGCAUCGUGGCGCUGCUGCGGGACUACCUGGCCACGCACGUGCACAGCCGCCCGCUGCUUCUGGCGCUGCACGGGCCCAGCGGCGUGGGCAAGAGCCACGUGGGCCGCCUCCUGGCGCGCCACUUCCGUGCGGUGCUCGAGGACGGCGCGCUCGUGCUGCAGUACCACGCGCGGCACCACUGCCCCCAGCGCCGCGCAGCGCAGGACUGCCGCGAGGAGCUGGCGCGGCGCGUGGCCGACGUGGUGGCGCGGGCCGAGGCAGAGGAGAAGACCCCGCUCCUGGUGCUGGACGAGGUGGAGUUCCUGCCGCCGGCGCUGCUGGACGAGCUGCAUGGCUUCCUGCAGCCGCAGCGGUCGCACCACUUCCACAACGCUAUCUACGUGCUUCUCAGCGGUGCCGGUGGCGCGGAGGUCACGCGCUUCGUACUGCAGAACGCGUCCCGCGCGCUGGCGCUGCGCCAAGACGGCGCCCACGGUGCCCAGGCCGCAGCGGCGGCGGCCCAGGCGGAGGAGGAGCUGCGCGCCGGCCUGCGGGCACUCCUGGUCCGCGAGCACCCGCUGUGGCAGGCCGCAGCCAUCGUGCCCUUCCUGCUGCUGGACAAGCGAGAUGUGGUCAACUGCUUCCGGGAUGAGAUGGCCGGGGAGGGCUUCUUUCCGGACCAGGCCCGGGCCGAGCUCCUGGCCGCGCAACUCAGCUACCACCGCGUCGCUGGACGCGAGUUCGCCGUUACCGGCUGCAAGCAGGUGGUGGCCACGGUGAACCUCUUGUAGCCCAGGCGCAGCUGGACGCAGUGGACGCCGGCAGGCACGACGGGGCGUGGCAGUAGGAGGGAGGGGACCCUAUGGAUUUGCCCUAGGCUUCUGAGGCCCCUAAUAAAUCUGUCCAUGGCC